CAGAAGCAAAUAGGGCAGUGACAUCCGAACGCAUCCGUUGUGUACGUGACGUCACAUCCGCCAUUGCGCAGAUGACCGGCAAGCAGCAAUGGCGGAAAAGUCGACAAAAGAAAAGCUCUUAUCCGUUUUGGAUGAUUUCGAGGUUUUGUCCAGGGAGCUCAUCGAAAUGUUGGCGCUGUCGAAGAGCCAAAAACUGCCUCCGCCGGGAGACGACUCACAGAUCCUGGAGCUGCUGGUGAAGAGGGACCAUGAAUUCCAGGAGCUGAUGGAAACAGCCCAGCAGCAAGGGAAAGUGUACUGUGAGAUGCAGCAGCUGGAGAAGGAGGUAGAGAAGAGAGACAGUGACAUCCAGCAACUCCAGAAGCAGCUGAAAGAAGCUGAGCACAUCCUGGCCACGGCUGUCUACCAGGCUAAAGAGAAGCUGAAAUCCAUUGAAAAAGCUCGGAAAGGAAGCAUUUCAUCGGAAGAAAUCAUCAAGUAUGCACACAGAAUCAGUGCUAGCAAUGCUGUGUGUGCACCGCUCAACUGGAUCCCUGGUGAUCCCCGAAGGCCAUACCCCACUGAUCUUGAAAUGCGUUGCGGCCUGCUGGGUCACAUUGCCAACCUCCCGUCUAAUGGUGUGAACGGACAUUUGCCUGGAGAUGCGCUGGCUGCGGGAAGGUUACCAGAUGUCCUAACACCACAUUACCCAUGGCAGUCAACUGACAUCGCGAUUGGAAUGCUGCCCCCUCACCAUGGCAACGACUUCAACCUGGAUCCUCCGGGUCACAACAAGGAGAAUGAAGAUGAUGUGGAGGCCAUGUCUACAGAUUCCUCGAGCAGCAGCAGUGACUCUGACUGAGGGCACAAACUAGGCCAGAGCAUAUGUAUCUCAAAAUGUUCUCUAUAAGGCCGCAGUCAUAUAAUGCAGCAUAGGGGAUCCAGUGUCCCUUAUUUGUCUAUCAUACAUCUAGAGGUGGAGGAUAGAAGGAUACACGCAACUGAUUAUUUUUACACAGAAUAAAUUGUUCUAGAACAAUCCUUUCUGCACAGUAGUCCAUGGUCAUAUGCAGGAUAACACUGUGAAGAAUGAAAUACUGACUUGAGGCAAAACUAGAUGCUGGUCACAUACUGAAAGUGUAAGGUUUUGAUCUCCAUGAAUAUCAGUGUUCUCUCUCAAGAGUGUCAAUUUUAUUUAUUUUCUCUGCAGCAAGGGCAUGUGAUACGCUUACUUCUUUGUGGUAUGCUGGUAUGCUUAGUUUUCAAUAAUUCUAUCUGAUGGCACAUAAAAACAAGAGCCCUUUUAAGGACUGCAAACACGUAGAUUCUUGUAGCCGGUCAUCUACAAAUUUCCUACACAUUUUGCAUUGUCUCACCACUGCACCCGUUUUAUGUCACUUCCUUUCGAAAGCUAUUAAGUCUCUGUUGUGCUCAUUUGCCUUGGCACGUUUUCACCCACAACAAUAUUGUAUAUUGGUGGUUGAUGGUAUAUGUUCAUAGGCUUUCUAUGGCGAUGCUAUGCAAAAUCCCACAUUCCUGUAAGCAUUGUUGCAAGUGUUAUAAGCACCCUUAUACUCUGUUAGCACGUCAAACUUGUUUUCUUUGUGUGUUCUUGCACAUAUCUGUGAAUAAACACAU